AUGUCGACGCCGACGCCGCGGUCGUUCGAAGAUGACUUGACCGCGCUUCCGCCCUGCACCAGAGCCGAUGGCACAUACGCUUGUCAACGACUCGGAUGCGACGCGUACUACGCCCCGGGCCCCGGGAACGUCCCGGGUUCGUGCGUGCAUCACACGAAACGACCUUGCUUUCGAGACGGCGUCAAGUCGUGGCCGUGCUGCGGGAAGUCGUCGCACGACUUCGGGGAGUUCAUGUCAAUCAAAGGUUGCGCGAGCGGGACGCACACGUGCGCGAAGAUAACGUAUGAAGACGACGAAGCAGCGGCGGUGGUUGAGCGAUUACCUGCAGCACCGGCGAUGCCUUUGUCCAUGGAAGCGCGCGCGCGAGGCGAGGGCGACGCGAGCGCGUGCGUUCGAUGUAAGAGCGGAUUUUAUUGCGCCGAGCACGCGAAUAGCGCGUCGCCGGCGACGACUUCAACGACAGAAGCGCGCGAAACGACGCCGGACGUCGCACAGAAGGUCAAACCCGAGGUAGAUUUGGACACGGAGCAGACGUGCAAGAAUCCGGGAUGCGGACGAAAGUUUCGUGAGCGCGACAACGCGGACGACGCGUGCGAACAUCACUCGGGCGCUCCCAUCUUUCACGAAACCAAGAAGGGUUGGUCGUGCUGCGGCAAACUCGUCUACGACUUCGAUGACUUUCUAAAGCUUGCGCCGUGCGCGCGCGGGCGCCACGACGCCGACGCCAAGCCGAUCCAAUUUCAGUCAAGCUCGGCGAAGAAAACAUAGAAUUGAGACUGAGAGAGUAAAAAGCGAAGACAAAAAACAUGAACCGUCAUUCGCUCGCGCGAUGGUCGAUUCAUACGAACGCGCGCGCGAAAAGAAGAUCGUCGCGAACAAAGAACGAAUGCGAGCGUUGGGCGUCGACGUCCUCGCCGCGAGCGUCCGCAAAUCCCGCGCGUCACCGCGGCCGAAAGUCUCAAAAAGCGCGGCGGUGACGUCAGCGAGCGAAGCGCCGCGACGCACGUCCGGACGCGCGCGAAAGGCGGUGCAGAGUUACAGCGAUGAGGACAUGUUCAAGGACGUUGAUAAAGCGAUCGUUAGCACCGCGGGACGCGCGAGGGUGGCGUAUGAACCGCCGCCGCCGCCGUCGGAGGCGCUGC